AAGUAGACGAAGAAGAAUCUUCUGAUUAUAGCGUACAGUUUAUAAGAGACGCUUAAAGGUGCACUUGAACAAAAAAGAAAUGUACGUGACCGCGACACAAGUGAAAAUUGCGUCAAUACUCACCAUCGGCAUCGGGAGUUUUGUCGUGAGUAUUGCGCCAGCGUGUUUCGUUUCACGUGUACGAGAUUUCCAACAGAAGUUAUUUCUCUCCUGUAUACUUUGUUUCGGUGGAGGAGUCUUAUUAGCUACCUCGAUACUUCACAUGCUGCCAGAAGUAAGAGAGUCCCUACCGAAAUACGGAGAACUCGUCAUUUCUUGCGGAUUUCUUUUACUCUAUUUCGUUGACGAAUGUGUUCAUUAUUUUUGGGGUAGCGAUAUCGAUCACUCCACGAACUCGCACGAUCAUGAACACGGAAGCAGAAACAGAAACUUCCAAGAUCGUGGAGAAUAUCGACGCCCCCAUUCUGAACAGUUUGGUUACAACCAAAACGUGAGAAGAGUUUGCCCGAAUGAAACUAAAAUGUCAAUGGCGUAUCAAUCGAAUUUGCAUGAGAAUAAUGAAUAUCCCAACUGGAGAUCAAAUUAUUAUGGAUCGAUGCAAUACGCACCAAACGCGCCUGCCUCCUAUUACAACGAGGAGCUGACAUUUUUAUGUCACGGCUCUCACACGGAACCUUGCUUGGAUACCAAGGUGGGCCCUGCAGGUCUUUUACUAGCACUCACCAUUCAUUCGAUCUUGGAGGGAUUAGCUAUUGGUUUGCAAAAAAAGCCGGCUGAGAUUCUGCUUUUCUUACUGGCCGUGGCAUCUCAUAAGUUUAUCGUUGGAUUUUGUAUGGGUUUGGAAUUAGUGGGUAUGGGUAGUUCCACGUGCAAACUUGCUGUAGCGAGUUUUGUAUUUGCCAUUAGUUCGGUCAUAGGUAUAGGAAUUGGUAUGUUUACGUCAGAGCAAAAUGCAUCAUGGUCUAAAGUAUUGCUACCAAUUUUGCAAGGAUUAGCAGGAGGGACGCUACUUUACGUUACGGUCAGUGAAGUUUUGCCACGAGAAAGAGCAAGAUGGCACAAAAGUUCACGCCGUUCUGCUGGUAUUUUUCAAUUUUUUUCAACUACGACGGGAUUUUUGCUUAUUUUUCUUAUGAAUACUUAUAUUAGCACUUGAACGGAAUAAAAAUUAAAUAGAUUUCGCUGAACAGAGAUUAAACGGGGAUUGUAGAAAUGUUUUUAAACGAAACUUGACGAUACUUAAGGCUGUUCAUCAACCCUAGUUGAUUUUAAUGAACGAUUUUAAUGAACAACGUCUCAUUUUAAAAAUGAAAGUUCAAGCGAGGACACGGUUUUUCGAACUUUUGAGAAAACUUUAUUUUCUUUGAAAAAAAAAGAGAAUUUGUUCAUUAAAAUUGUUCAAGAAUUAUGCGUGAACUCGCUGUUGGCAUAAACGCUAUUUUUUACAUUUUUUUGUGAAAAAAGUUUUGUAGAGUGAUGCACAUUGAACUUUGAGACAAAAGAGAAAAAGUUAUUACCUCCAGUACUGGUAUAUAACUAUAUAAUGGCGUGUGUUUUAUUUCCGUGAAGUAGACGAUUUCUUCAUUGUUUGUAUGCCUAAAGUGGUCAAAUUUUCUGAUCCGUUCAAAACGCAAGGAAACCCGUUUUGACAUACUUAUAUGGAGAAGUCACAGUAACUUACUCUGGCAUUUUAAUGAUAAUUCUAUGGUAAAAAUAAGCAAAUUCGUGUUCAGUUAUUCAUGCUACUUAAUUUUUGAAUAAUUUUAUAAUUGUUUAAACGAUAUAUAAUGUACACGGAAUACAAUAAACUAAUAUUUAAACAACA